AUGUUCCGCUCUGCUGUGCGUCUUGCCGGCAAGGAUGUGCGCUUCGGCGACAAGGCACGCCGCUCCAUGCAGAAGGGCGUCACUCGCGCUGUUGCUGCAGUGGCGACGACGCUUGGGCCGAAGGGCCGCAACGUGAUCAUCGAGCAGGCCUAUGGUGCGCCGAAGAUCACGAAGGAUGGUGUGACCGUUGCCAAGGCGAUCGAGUUUAAGGACCCCUUCGAGAACAUGGGUGCUCAGCUGGUACGCCAGGUGUGCAACAAGACAAACGAUCUGGCUGGUGACGGCACCACAACCUCUGCGGUGCUUGUGGACAGCAUCUUCAGCGAGGGCCUCAAGUCUAUUUCACAGGGUACGAACCCGAUCGACAUGAAGCGCGGCAUGGACCGUGCCGUGGAUUACGUGCAAACGAGUCUACUGAAGCAGAGUCGCCCGAUCAAUGGAAUCAACGAUAUUGUUCGUAUUGCCACCAUCUCGGCCAAUGGCGAUGAGGAGAUCGGCAAGAUGAUUGGUCAGGCAAUGGAGAAGGUCGGUCGCGACGGCGUCAUCACGGCACAGGACGGCAAGACCAUGGCCACUGAGCUGGAGGUUGUGGAGGGCAUGAGCGUGGACCGUGGGUACGUGAGCCCGUACUUCGUGACGGAUGCCAAGGCGCAGAAGGCUGAACUCGAGGAUGCACUGGUGCUUAUGAGCGCCAAGAAGAUCCAGAACAUUCACAGCCUACUUCCUGCUCUCAACCACGUCGUGCGCAGCGGCCGCCCCCUUCUGAUCAUCGCCGACGAUGUGGAGAGCGAGGCGCUGACGACGCUGAUCUUCAACAAGCUGCAGGGCAAGCUAAAGGUGUGCUGCGUCAAGGCUCCGGGCUUCGGUGACAACAAGACAGCCACUCUUCAAGAUAUGUCCAUCUUCACUGGCGCACAGCUCGUUGGCGAUGAGGGCACGGGACUCGAGUUGGAUUCCGAGAACUUCGACCCUUCCAUCCUCGGCUCUGUCAAGAAGGUGACAGUGACGAAGGACGACACGGUGCUGCUGAACGGCGGCGGCGAUGCGGCGGCGGUGAAGGAGCGUGUUGACCUCCUCCGCGAACGCGUUGAGCAGGAGCCUGUUGAGUACAAUAGGGAGAAGCUACAGGAGCGCCUGGCGAAGCUGAGCGGCGGCGUGGCCGUCAUCAAGGUGGGCGGCGGGUCAGAGGUGGAGGUGAACGAGAAGAAGGACCGCGUCGUGGAUGCCCUGUGCUCCACUCGCGCUGCAGUGCAGGAGGGUAUUGUGGCCGGCGGUGGCACGGCUCUGCUGCGUGCCAGCAAGAAGCUGGAGACUCUCGCCAACGACUCUUCUCUCACACGCGAUCAGCGCACGGGUGUGAACAUCGUGCGCAAUGCCAUCCGCCUGCCGGCGAUGAAGAUUGCUGCGAACGCUGGCAAGGAGGGUGCGGUGGUUGUGGAGAAGGUGCUGGAGGCCGCUGAGGAGAGCACCGGCUACGAUGCGCAGAACGACAAGUACGUGAACAUGUUCGAGGCUGGCAUCAUCGACCCCACCCGCGUCGUGCGUGUGGCCAUCAGUGAUGCGACGUCUGUGGCGAGCCUGAUGAUGACGGCCGAGGCUGCUGUUGUUGAGGUGCCAAAGGAGUCUAAGAAGAAUGGUAAGAGGGCUCCUGCGGCUGAGGUGGAGGAGGACGAGGAGCUGUUCGGCAGCUACUAG